UCUGCUAUUGACCAUGGGCUGGGCAGUAAGCGCCUGUGCUGUCGAUAUGAUGUGUGUCUCCUUUUUGCUUCCAUCUGCAGAGUGUGAACUACGUCUCUCCUCCCAAAACAAGGGAUGGCUGAAUGCGUCUAUUUUUAUAGGCAUGAUGAUAGGAAGCUACACAUUAGCCGCACUUGCAGACAUCAAAGGUCGUCGUAAGAUGCUGAUUUGCUGUCUGAUUUUCAACGCGGUGUGCGCUGCGCUCUCCAGCUUUGCUCACUCCUACUGGAUGCUACUGGUUAUGCGAUUCCUAUGUGGCGCUGCGGUAGGAGGAUCUCAGCCGAUAGUUUGGUCGUACUUCGUCGAGUUUCAGCCUCGUCAGAAGCGCGGCCGCAUGCUCAGUCUGAUGGCAGCCUUUUGGACGAUUGGCAACAUACUUGUAGCUCUGCUAGCCUGGGCCAUCAUCCCACACACGGACAUGGGCCACUUCAGCGCGUACACGUAUUCCAGCUGGCGCGUCUUUAUUCUCGUCUGCACGGUGCCGCUCCUUACGUCGGCCGUCAUGCUGAUAUUUCUGCCGGAGAGCCCAAAGUGGCUGCUGGAGAACGGCAAGGAGGAGCAGUGCCUAGCCAUCCUCGCGAAGAUGUACGCAGUCAACCACGGUACGGAGCAAGGUUUCGACGUGGCGCACGUCCAGCCCUCGCACGUCAUCAGCGACGUCAGCCACGACACGUCGACGAUGCCCCACCUCGGCUCGAUCGGUCGCUUGGUGUUGAAGUGCAGAGAGCUGCUCUCUGCCCCCCUGCUGCGACGUACAAUCGUAUUCACGUGGGUGAACUUUGCGCUCGCUUUUGGUUACUACGGUCUCUGGAUGUGGUUCCCGGAGCUGUUCAAGAGGCUAGAAGAGUCGGGGAGAGACGAUGUAUCUGUGUGCACGAGUACGCUGGCGGGACUGAACUCCAGCGGUGUGCCGGAUUUCGGAGACUGCUCGGAGGUGGGUGGCAGUGACGAGUUGUACAUCAACAGUCUGCUCGUGGCCGCCUCGAACUUCCCGGGAAGCGUGAUCUCUGUCCUGUUCAUAGACACGCUGGGCAGGCGGUGGAUGCUCGCUGGAAGCAUGGUCACCAGCAGCGUCCUAGUGUUUUUCAUAUGGUUCAUCAAGAACAAGCUGGAAAAUUUAAUCUUAUCCUGUCUGUUUGCCUGCGUUUCCGUCUUGGCGUGGAAUGCAAUUGCUGUGUUGGGUCCAGAGAUGUUCCCAACUCGUGUGCGCGCCACUGCCUACGGAUUUUGCUUGGUAUUUGCGCGAGUAGGUGCAGUGUUGGGUAAUUACGUGUUUGGGCAACUAAUAGAUGUAAAUUGCACUGUGCCAGUAUUACUAGUCGUUGGCUUGCUUUGUGCUGGUGGGUUUUCUGGUCUGCUUUUACCCGAUACCAUAGGGGCAGCCUUACACUAGGAUUCAGUUAAUAUCACACGAUCUACAUCGCAACAAUCAUGACCAAUCCGUAUUGUUGGAACGUUUCCGUUUAUAUGACGGAAACUUCAAUGCGCAAUACCGAUGAAACGGCAGUAGACAGUAUCGUGGCUUCAUCUUCAUGGCUUAGUUGCACAGUCUAUAGAAUGCGUAGAACCAUAUCCGUGUGGUCUAGAGAGGUAUGUAACUAUAUGCCCAUGCAUGACCAGAUAUGAGUGAGGAGGCUGCAUUGACUUAUAAUAGUCAACCUGCGUAUAGUCACAGUAGAGAAA